AUGGUGCAAAUCAAGAUUGUUGCUCUCUUCUUCAUCUUCUGUGGCUUUUUGACGAAAUGCCAUGCAGAUGUACGAUGUGAUCAAUAUGCCAAUGACUUGGAUAUUCUUUCUAAGUUACCAUUUCCUGUUGGUCUGGAUUAUAAAAAACAAGGACCUGACAGGAGUACGGCUAUCUUAGAUCCGACAAAUUCAACUGUCAACAUGAUUCAACUUCGACAAGCCGGAAAAUUCGUUCCUGAAAGCGUCUUCUGUUUGAAGAAACUUCAAGCUUUAGAUAUCAGAAAUAUGCUUUUCGUCGAUGGUGUUGUUCCAGAUGCUCUAUCAAAUCUUCAAGAAGUUCAUACUCUUGGUAUAGCGAACACACCCAUUACUAAAAUGACCGAGAAAUUAUCAAGUCUCGUGAAACUUCAAAGUUUAAUGUUAGACAAUUGUUCACUUACUCAGUUGCCAAGUCUUAGCGAAUUGAAGAAUCUGACUACGGUUAGUCUUCCAAACAAUCGUUUAACUCAACUUGAAGGUUUGGUAAAAGUUCGAUCAUUGUCACUUUACAAAAAUCAAUUCACUGAGAUUCCAAUGCUCGAAAUACCUGAAGCACUUGGUCGACUUGAUAUGAAUCACAAUCCGGUCAUGGAUAUGUCUUACCUUUUACUUUGUAAGAACAUCACCGAAAUCAGAAUUGCUGUCUCGAAUAUUCCAAUGAUUCCUUCUCACAUUGCUCUACUCAAACGCCUCUCAUUUUUGGACCUAGCUAAUACAAAAAUCACUCAUGUUCCAAGAAAUAUCUUGAAUUUGCCUUAUCUUCAGUUUUUGGUUGUCCAAAACAAUGCAAUUCCAAAAGAAGAAGCUGAUGCACUUAAAAUGGAUAUUCUCAAUCGACAAUUGAAGGUUUCUCUACUCAUCUAA